AUGCCAUCUGCUGCCCCGGACUCACGAGGAGCUUCGAAGCGCACAACACCUCACGAAUUCGAGCCAACAAAGCCCAAAACACAUGUCAAAGUGCCAUUUAUAAUAGAUGAUGACGACGAGGCUACCGAGGGCGAGACUUCAGGCUCACAAGAUGCCCAUAUAACAAAAAAACGCAUGCUUCAUCAUCCUUCCCGACAUGGCAAAGGUUCUGUCACGACGGAACGAGAGAUUACUGAUAGUGCCGACGUUGCAUCUCAAAGAAAUGGGGAGAAAGACAGCCGGCCUAUACCCAGCCUCGAAGGGCCCCCAAGCUGGUCACUUCAGUCGUCAAUCUUCUCCGGCUCAAUCCUUCAGCACAUGGCGCCGCCCAGCUACACUGCCAAGACCUGUUGCGGCAAGUCGGCAACGAUCAAGCAACGGACAGCGUCUGCUGUAGUAUCGUACGAAUCAAUUGUCGCAGCCCGUUCAAAGACAAAGGAAGGGAGAGCGAAGCGAAGCUACUAUGGCAUAGACAUCCACGAUCUGAUCAGUAGGGCGACAAAGGAUGACGCCAACACAACCGAGCCAGCUGCGGGCGAACCAGAUGUGCCCUUUGCAUCUGUGGAAACCAAAAUCUCAGAGGGAAGGCCAAAAAAGUCUCUGCUGUGGACUGAAAAGUAUCGCGCAAAAAGGUUCGUGGACUUGUGUGGCGACGACAGCACCAAUCGACAUGUGUUGCGAUGGUUGAAACGAUGGGAUCCAGUCGUAUUCCCUGGCCAAGCCAGAGUUAGACGUGCCGUCGCAAGGCGACCUGGUUUGAAGCAGCAAGUGGAAGAGGAGAAGCCGCACCGCAAGAUAUUGAUGCUUACUGGACCCCCUGGACUGGGCAAGACGACUUUGGCGCAUGUCUGCGCGAAACAGGCAGGAUACGAGGUAGUAGAGAUCAACGCCAGCGAUGAUCGAAGCAGGGACGUGGUCAAGAACCGGAUACGACCCAGUUUGGGAACGGAAAAUGUGAAAAAUGUUGCCAACAACAAGAAUGCUGAUGGCUCUCACAAGGUGGCGAAACCAAUCUGUGUCAUCGUUGAUGAGGUAGAUGGUGUGGUAUCUGGUUCUGGUGCGUCCGGCGAAGGUGGCUUUGUCAAAGCCUUGAUUGACCUGGUUAUGGCCGACCAGAAGAGCGCCGCCGCUACCCUGUUGGGGUCUACCGCCGAGAGCAACCGCAAGAAGAAAAGAGGCGAUGACUUUCGGCUGUUACGACCACUCAUCCUCAUCUGCAACGAUGUCUACCACCCGGCACUCAAACCGCUUCGACAGUCGAAUCUAGCCGAGAUUGUUCAUGCCGGUCGGCCGUCUCUGGACGUGGUCGUAGGUAGAGUGAAGACGGUUUUCGAAAAGGAGGGCAUACCAUGCGACAAGGACGCAGCGCGGAAGCUUUGCGAAGCCGCGUGGGGCAUGACGAGCGGCAUCGACGCCAAGCGCGGAGCAAAGAGCACGGUUGAAGGCGACUUGCGCGGCGUCAUGGUGGUGGGGGAGUGGGUAGCGGGCCGAUUCCGAGCCUGUUCCAGGGGCGUCAAUCAGCGUCUGACCCGGCAGUGGGUCGAGGACAACAUCCUCCGCGACGUCUCGAGCGGCGCUGCUGGCUCGAGAGGCCUCGGUCGAGGCAGCGUGCGGGAUAUUGUUCAACGGCUCUUCCAGGAAGGCGGGGGCUUCCCCAAGCAAGCCAUGGAUCUAACCCGAUCCAAGACGCAGCAGCAGCUCGAGCAGCCCCAGGCGGAACUGGGAUUCGGGGAGCAGCAGAAGAAGCACGCCAUGGACCGGUUGCGCCAGAUGGUCGAGACCAGCGGGGAGAUUAGCACCAUCAUGACCGAGAUAUUUGCCGAGUACCCCGGCCGCGAGUUCAACGACGACAUCUACCUCACCAAGCCCAACCUUGCCUACGACUGGCUGCACUUCCACGACGCAUGCCAGUCACGGCUCUACGCAACCCAGGACUGGGAGCUGGCACCUUACUUGAGCCAGCCAGUCCUCGCAUGCCACCACCUGUUCGCCUCGCCAAAGAAGCACUACGCCGACCCCAGCGGCGGUUUCCAUCCUGACAAGCGCUGGAACAGCGCGGGCCAGGAAGCAGACGACAACGGCGCGCAGCCGCCGCCAUUCUCGGGGCCCCGGGCCGACUUCCAUGCCCGAGAGGCGGAGAAGCAGAAUCGGUCGCAGCUCCAGGCCCUCCAUGGACAGCUCAGUCCGACUCUGAUGAGGUCGUUCCGCAGCCCCGAGGACGUGGCGACCGAGUUUCUGCCCUACCUCGUCCGUCUGGUCUCCCCGGACGUCAAGCCAGUCGUCGUCGGCGGCAGCCAGGGUUCAAUGGCCAGCGUUCGCAAGGAGAGUGAAAAAGCCAUGGUCAAGAGGGCGAGCGAGAUCCUCGCCGACGUGGGUGUCGUCCUGCAAAAGGGAAGGAUUGAAAACGAACCUAGUUCUUACGGAGGUGGUGCGCACUACGUCUAUCGUCUGGAGCCUGACCUCGACUCCCUGUCCACCUUUGAAACAGGCACUUUCCUCCCCUCGCUCGCACCCGCCCGCUAUGCCGUCCGCCAAGUCCUCGAUCAGGAACUUGGCCGGACCUUGGCCCUCAGGGCGAACAACACCCGGCAGGCACGCUUCCUAGCCGGGACGGACACGACGCAACCCCCCCCUCCGGCGGCUUCGGACGAAAGCCAGAAGAACGCCCGCGCGGCCACCCAGGCCAUGGAGGCAGAAACAGUAGUCAAGAGGGAUUUCUUUGGAAGAAUCGUCGAGGCGAGGCCAUGGGUAAAAAGUGAUGGCGGUGGUGUGGACAAGAGGGGUAGUGAGACGGAGGAGUGCAAAAUCUGGGUCACGUAUCAUGAAGGACUGAACAAUGCGGUGAGGAAGCCGAUUUCCCUGCAGGACUUUUUGCAGGCCCUGUAA